AUGGCACAGCCGUGGGCGGUGCGCGCCGUGGCCGAGAGCCUCAGCCGCUGGCCGAGCAAUGAGCAAAUAGUGAUCAGCGGCGUCAUGCUGCUCCACUCAAUGCUGCAGCCCCACGCGCGCCCGCCGGCCGCGGCCGCAGCCCAGCUUCUCGCGUCACCGCCGGACGCCGCGGGCGCGUUACUACGCGUCGUCGUCAACGCGCCCCCCGCAAACCCGGCCACGGGGGUUGCGUGCGGCGCGCUGGCCUCCCUGUGCGUGUGGCAGGCAGCUGCUGGGAGUGAGGUUGGGGCGGCGGUGCACUUUGGGCCCCUCGCAGCCCGCGUGGCGGCGACGCCGGGCGCGCUCGCGGCCGCCGCGGCCGUCCUCCAGGCCUGCCCCGACAACGGAGACUCUUCGCUCGAGACGCGGAACGGCGCGGCGACCCUCCUCUCCAUCGUCGCCCACGCCUGCCCGCGCGCGCGCGACGACGUCGCGGCGGCCCCGGGCGUCGCGGGCGCCCUGGCGCGGCUGCUGGUCGACUACAACAAGCGCCGGGCCAGUGAGAGCGCCGCCCUCUGCGGCGGCCUGCUGAACACCGUGCUCCACCGCAGCCCGCACCCGGCCGCGGGGGCCGAGGAGGUCGUGGCCACGCCUCAGGCACUGGGCGUGAUCGCGCACCUCACCCGGCCCGAUCAAUUGGAACGCGCGCGGCUGGAGGCGGCCUCCCUCGUGGGGCAGCUCAUCGUCCUCUCGCCCACCGCGGCCCAGAGGCUGGGCGCGGCGCCGGGGGUGGCCGAAAUGCUGGCCGCCGCGCGGUCGGCUCUCGGUGAGGCAGGGGAUGCGGCGGCAAUGGAGCAGCUUAUGAACCUCACCUUGAACGUGCAGCCGGUCGCGGGAGAGGACGGGUGGCAGGUCUUGCGGGUGGUGGGUGUCAAUGGUGUCGACAUUGGCGGCAGAGAGGGCAGGAUUAUGGAAGGCGGCGCCGGCAGGGGCAACGAGGGAGCAGAGGAGGGCGGCAGUGCCGUGGAUGCCCCUUGUGCAGGUGCUGCUGAGGCUGGGCCACCGCUUGUUCAGCAGGCGCAGCAGGCGCCGCAGCGGCCGGUGCAGCAACAGCAGCAGGUGCUGCCGCAGGCGCAGCAGGCGCAGCAGCAUCAGGCGCAGCAGCCGCACGUGCAGCGGCAGCCGCAGCAGCAGAAUUUGCAGAUAGAGGGUUCGCGCCAAGCUGCAAGUCAAGCAGCUGCAGGACUGGGUCCGGAGGUUGGGCCGGGCCCCAGCAGCAUCGCCCCUCAGCCUGCGUGUAACAAGUCGCAGCUUGCCACUGCGGCCGCUGCAAGCUGCGCCGUAUGCGGCAAGACCGCCGAAGCAGACGGCGUGCGGCUGAGGCUGUGCGCGGGCUGCAGGGCGGCGCGCUUCUGCUCCGACGCCUGCUACAAGGCAGGGUGGAGGUGCGGCCACAAGCAGCAGUGCCUGGCGGCGCAGGCAGCCAAGAAAGCUGCCGAUUCGUCGGCCAGCUGCGGCAACAGCGACGCCAGCGGCGGUGGCAGCAGCGAUGGUGCACAGGCGGUGCAAAGUUGA